AUGACGGAGAGAAAAUCCCGUACAAAUACAAUGGAAUCAUCACCUUUGUCUCCUGAAGAAGCAGCGGCUGGUCUUGAUCCAUUAGUACAACCGAUCAGCACAGAAGAAGGAGAACCCGUUUAUCUUCGUCGACAAUCAUCGAUUUUCUAUGUACCCGCUAGCAAAGUCAACGAAAAUAUCGAUCAAGAUGAUUCCGGAAAGCAAACGAAUAUCGUUCGUAAAUGUUUGGGUUAUACAGAACGAUGUUCAGGUAUUAUGUACGCUCUUCUAUCAUCGUUCUUGUUCUCCUGCUCAAAUUUUGCCCUGGUGCAAUUGAAAGUUACUCUAUUCGAUGUACUGGCAGUGCGAUUUUCGAUCUUGGCAUUCAUCUCAUUGGGAUUUAUUACUUACAAAGGUUACAAAAUCUAUCCGGGGUGGGACGGUCCGCUCUUACUCAUGCGUUCAUUCUUUGCGGCUGGCGGUAGUAUCUGUUUCUAUCUCGCUCUUUCGUUUAUACCGUUUCCUGAUCUAACCACUGUUCGUUACACGCAAGUGGUAUGGACCGCUUUGCUUGCAUUGAUUAUCUUUCACGAACAACUGACGUUUCCCACAAUAUUCGCGAGUAUAUUAACAUUAAUCGGUGUUGUGUUCGUCGCUCAACCGACAUUUCUGUUUGCUUCAUCGAAGAUCGUCAAUGUAACUUCGUCUGAAUAUGCUCCGGUGAACGAAACGAAACAACGUUUAAUUGGAAUGCUCAUUGCUGUUUCAUGUGCAUUAGCGAUAUCGAUGAGUAUUGUUCUGAAUAAGAAACUAUUCCAAAAACAAGUCCGACAAAGUCUAAUUAUGUUCUACUUCUUCUGUACAACUGCCUUCCUUCUAAUCAGUAUUCAAACCUAUUCGCGGAUAAUUGUGAAAUCCAAAUCGAGCAAAUUCGACUUUCAAGAAGCAUUUUUCAACAAAAAAUUCCUUUUCGCUACAAUUAUAUCUCUCCUACAACUUUGUCCAAUGAUGUUAUCGCAAAAAGCAAUCAAACGUGAACAUCCGUCCAUAGUCACUGUAGUCCAAUCUUCCGACAUUAUCUUCGCAAUUAUCCUUCAAAAUACAUUUUCUUCAAUUAAGACCAAUCUACUUGCAAUUUUAGGAUCGUUACUAGUUAUCGCGAGUAUUUUCAUCGUUGGAGGUUAUAAACUUUGGCUAGAUCGACAAAAUCGGAUGUGCGUGCCAACCUCAGCACCAAACGAAGAAUUCAGCAGUGUAGAAAUCAAGAAAUAA